AAAGAUUAGCCCUAACCCUUUUAUUUCCUGGGGAAACAUUGGCUGCAAACUGCGAACCACCACCACACAACCACCGCACCAUGACAAACAACGGGCUUCAGAUGGCAUGAAAAGAUGGCAGAACAGCAGCAACAACAGCAGCAACAACAGCAACAACAACAGCUAUGUCCUCCCCAAGAUGUGAUUGUAGAAGUAAAGGGAACUCGUUUGAAGCACUUUGAACGAGUCUUGAUGAAGCUGUUACCUCAUGCAGAACCACGCUACAUUCCACUUCCAUCAUCACCCCAGAUUUCUUCGCCGUGGCCUCCAUGGGACCAUCUUCCUCCUGCUGCGCGUGUUCAUGGAACCCUUCCUGGUCAACUUUCGAAGCAAGACCGAGCGACUAGGAAAGAAGACCAGCUGGAAUCCAUGAUGCAGUGCAUUUUUGCCUUGAUGGAACAACACCGAAAAGAAACAAAAACUGGCAAAGAUCCUGCCUAUACGAUUGUCGAUUUCGGGGGUGGCUCGGGGCAUUUGGCCAUUCCCCUAGCACUGCUUCUGCCUCGCUGUAAGAUUGUUGUGGUUGAUCUCAAGCGAAAAUCGCUAGACUUUUUGAUUGCAAAAGCGGGGGAGUGCGCCAAGCAAAUAAAUUCACUUCCAGAACAAAAUGGCGUAGUCUCUCACAAGGAUGAUUCCACUUCAACCGUCACUGACAUGGAACCGCAACGAAUCCUUCCUACGGCCAUCUCCAACCUCUACUUCUAUUUUGGCGACAUUGAAUCUUAUCCAGGCACCUUUGAUAUUGGAGUGGCAUUGCAUGUUUGUGGCGAGGCCACGGACGUGGUAUUGCGCAAAUGCGCCUCGCACAAGGCUCACAUGGUGGUAGCACCCUGCUGUGUGGGAAAAACAGCCUCCCAAACCAAGGAUCCCUACGUCUUUCACGCCACGGGUCAAAACGACCGUACCAUUCAGUAUCCACAAUCAAAACUCUUUCAAAACUGUUUGCCCUGCCAGACAGACUGGGAUGCCUUGGCUAAAGCGGCCGACUACAAUCAGAUACUGGAUCUCAAGGAUCGACGCAAUGCUGCUCGAAGGACUGCCAAGGGGUUGUUGGAAUUGGAUCGACAGCUCUUUCUCAAUGAGAGUUAUCCGCACUGCCAGACAGCGCUGACCCGCAUGCAUCCCCUAACAGCCUCUCCUAAACACGACAUUUUGAUUGGCUACUUUCACGAAAGCACAAGCAACAACAACAGCAACCAUUGGUGGUCCGAUUGUAGGACUUCAGAGACAAGCCAAAACAACGAAGAAUGGCAAGAAGACAGAGUUAUCAAAUGGACCAAAGCGCAUCUGCUGAACCCAGGUGCAGCCUCGGCUGACAUACCGGCGACUGAAGCUGGAACGGAGGUGGCAUCGCAAACAGGUCCGAAACAUGAGGACAAAAAGACCGGUAGUAAUAGCGAGGGUAAAGAUAACGGGGUUCACUGGACGUGGCACGAAGAAGAAGAAAUCAGAAUACAGUUGCAACAAAUCUUCCCAGUGUCGACAACCGGUAAUUCGUCCGAUUCAAGUCUUGCACCUUCCUCACAGCAUGAGAUAAGUAAAAUCUCGAAUACGGGCACCUCACAUGGCACCUAUGUUUUCCCAACAAGGCUGGGGAAACGAAAACGCAAGCUGAUUCAUUAUGUGGCGGAAGAAAUGGGUUUGGCUCACUGGUGCGUGGGCAAGAAGCAAAAGGAGAAAACAGUGGCGGUUCGCAGGCGGCACGUCAUUACCGGUACAACAGGGUCUACAGCUAUCGUAUCCUAGCUUCUAAAGUACAGCUACACAUAAAAGCAGCAAGUAAAUGCACGGUCACAUGGCUAGCAGAUAUAGAUAGAUGUUCAUAUGAGACAACAACAAAAGCAAAAA